AUGGCUCACGUGGAUGAAGCAGCCCGCCGGUUGUCCAAAACUGGAUCAACCCUCUAUGCAGUGCUGGAGCUUAAGAAGGGCGCUUCACCUGAAGACAUCAAAAAGGCCUACAGGAGACUGGCAUUGAAGUAUCAUCCAGACAAGAAUCCAGGGGACCCUCAAGCAGCAGAAAUAUUCAAGGAGAUCAACACAGCCCACUCCGUACUGAGUGACCCUAAGAAGCGGCAAAUUUACGACCGGCGUGGCUCAUUGGGAAUAUAUAUAUACGACCACUUUGGCGAAGAAGGCGUCACAUACUAUUUUACGCUGAAUAGUUGUUGGUUCAAGACGCUUGUCCUCCUGUGUGCUCUGCUUACCUGUUGCUGUUGCUGCUGCUGCUGCUGCUUUUGCUGUGGAGCACUUAAGCCACCACCCGAGGAAGCAGCUAAGAAAAAAUAUGAGCCGAAUGUCCAGAAUCAGCCUCCAAGGCCAGGACGCAGAGACCAUUUUAGAGGAGGGGAAGAUAAUUCCAGUGACGAUAAUUAUUAAAAGAUGAAGAAGAGUGAGGUGCUGACCCAGUGAGGGUGCCUUCCGCUGCCCAGUCCGCUGGACUCGGUGAAGAGAAGAGCAAGUAGCCCUGUCCUGACAUUGACCCUGAUUUUCCCCUCUACUUGUAAGACUCCCAUCUUCAGAAGCAUCGAUGGCAUCCAUCCCAGUGAGGAUGCCAUCUUUGUCCUUGA